GGCGGAGACCAUGCCCAAGCUGCAGGGCUUCGAGUUCUGGAGCCGCACGCUGGGGGGGGCCCGCCACGUGGUGGCCCCCAUGGUGGACCAGAGCGAGCUGGCCUGGCGGCUGCUUAGCCGGCGCCACGGGGCGCAGCUCUGCUACACGCCCAUGCUGCACGCCCAGGUCUUCGUGCGCGACGCCAACUACCGCCGCGAGAACCUGUACUGCGCCGUGUGCCCGGAGGACCGGCCGCUCAUCGUGCAGUUCUGUGCCAACGACCCUGAGGUGUUCGUCCAGGCGGCUCUCCUGGCCCAGGACUACUGUGACGCCGUCGACCUGAACUUGGGCUGCCCGCAGAUGAUCGCCAAGAGAGGUCACUACGGCGCCUUUCUGCAGGAGGAGUGGGGCCUGCUCCGGAGGAUGAUUCUGCUGGCCCACGAGAAACUGUCCGUCCCUGUUACGUGCAAAAUCCGUGUCUUCCCGGAGAUCGACAAGACGGUGCGGUACGCACAGAUGCUGGAGAAGGCGGGCUGCCAGCUGCUGACUGUGCACGGCCGCACCAAGGAGCAGAAGGGGCCUCUGGCGGGCGCCGCGUCCUGGGAGCACAUCAAGGCGGUGCGGUCACCCCCAGCUCUGCCCCUGCCUUUCCCACUCAGGCCCAAGGAAGGGAGCCAGGAGAGCGGGGGGCCCCGAAGUAAGCGGGCCCUGGAGGAGGAGGGGGGCUCGGAGCCCCUGUCGAAGAACAAGCAGAAGAAGCAGCUGCGGAACCCGCACAAGACCUUCAACCCCUCGCUGAGACCGAAAUACGCCAAGUGUGACCAGUGUGGGAACCCAAAGGGCAGCAGAUGCGUGUUUGAGCUGUGCCGUGGCUGCUGCAAGAAGCGGGCCUUCCGGGAGACCGCGGACUGCCCAGGUCACGGGCUGCUUUUUAAAACCAAGCUGGAGAAGGCCCUGGCCUGGAAGGGGGCCCAGCCCAGGCUGCAGGAGCCGCAGCAGGCAGCUUCCCCAAAGUCCUGGGCUGCACCCUGGCUCGAGGGGCCAGCCGGAGCCCCACUGCCUCGCUCGCCGCCCCCUGGACUGCCGGGGAAGCCGGACACUUGGGGGACACAACAGCUUCCGCUCAGGGAACCUCCCGCGACGUAGCGCAGAGGAAGCGGGCGGCCCCCCUCCCGGCCCCCGCCGGACCUGCCGUCCACACCUCUCCCCGCCUCGCGUGUCGGGAACAAUAAAUCGUCUCGGA